AUGGCUUACACACUUGCGACAUCCUAUGUGGGCGAGUCCCUUCUCUCGGGGUUCAACUGGUUCAACGGCACUGAUCCAUCCAAUGGUUACGUUGCUUACCAAUCUCGCGCAGACGCAGAGGCACAAUCCAUUGUUUCAUUGGACACAGACACCAACGUCGUCCGUCUUGGCGUCGACAGCACAAACGUUUUUGGCGAGGAUGAGGGUCGGCCAAGCAUCCGCCUCGAAAGCAAGGAAGCCUUCAACCAUGGACUCUACAUCGCCGACUUUGAGCACAUGCCCCCUUCCCAGUGUGGACUCUGGCCGGCAUUCUGGACUUAUGGAGAGAACUGGCCGGCAGGUGGCGAGCUCGACAUCAUCGAAGGCGUCAACACGGCGCACAACAACAUCAUCUCAGCACACACCGGCCCCGGCUGCGUCCUUGAUCCCGCCGGGCCUAGCACCACACCUGCCUUCUCUGGCGAACAACGAAAUGAUGAUUGCUUCGUCGGCGACCAGAACAUUGGGUGCGGCUUCAACCCUCCCGACAGCGAUCUGCACACCUAUGGCGACAGCUUCAACGCGGUAGGCGGCGGUGUCUACGCCAUGCAGUGGGACGACGAGGUCAUCCGCGUGUGGCACUUUGCCCGCGACGAGGUCCCCGCCGAUAUCGACGCCGGCAACCCAGACCCUUCCUCCUGGGUGCUGCCCCAAGCUGUCUUUGGCGGCUCGCGCUGCGACGUCGACGGCCACUUCACCGACAUGAGCAUCGUCAUCAACAUCAACUUCUGCGGCGACUACGGUGACGCCACCUGGGACGCCACCUGCAGUGACCACGCGCCCACCUGCUCCUCGUACGUGGCCAACAACCCCCAGGCCUUUGCCAACGCCUACUGGGACGUCAAGUACAUCAAGGCCUAC